AUGGCGUUCUGCUGUCAAUCCCCUUCCCACAAAACCUGCACCACCAGCAAAGAUGAAGCCAUCGACGCCAAUCCCCCCAUUAAAGAUGAAGCCACUGACGCCAAACCCACGGCCAAACGAGUCCGCCGCACACCAUAUAUCCGCUGGUUCGGAGUCACACACCCAGACCUUCCCCCGGCGGGCACUGCACCAAGUGUCUCAAUCCCCAUGGUGAACCCCAUCCCGGUGGCUCUAGGAAUUUCUGCGGAGAAGAAGGCAAAGCACAUGCUCAAUCCUCGAGUGCACCUCGUCAAUGCAGCCCGUCAUGACCCAUUGAAUCCUGAUCGUCAGGCGAUUCUCAUGACAAUCACUGCAUGUACUAAGGAACCUACCCCUUCGUUCGAAGUUGGCAAGAUUACAUUCUGGUUCUCGCUAUCAAUUCCAUAUCGGAAGGAUCUUCUUAUACAGCUAGUAGAACUUGGAGUAAUGCAGUAUACCGGCUGGAAACUAAGCGAUCCUCCCGCGCUAGAGGUCCGUCUACUUCUCAGAGGAGACCAAUGCUCUAGACCAUGUUGUGGCUGUGGAGACUGGGAACAACUUGAUGAACCAGACAAGGAAACCGGGAAAAGAAGGUAUAGCAGGUUAUUGAGAUGCAGUGGAUGCCUUCAAUGCUUUUUUUGCUCUAAAAAGUGUCAAACUCUUCAUUGGGAUGACCAUUCUAAAUACUGCGGUGUCAUUAGACAGGCGUAUGGUGAUUCGCUGGUAUAUUAA